AUCCAGGUCUUAUUACUUGUGAUGAUUAAAAAAACGUCACUGUUUUUGCUCGGCAUAAAAGGCUGUGAUGAGCUCUUCCCUUUUGACUCAUACACACACACACAACCCUCACCUGCCGACACACAACACAAAGUUCCAUCAUGGUGCGUACAGUAGCAGUGAUCGGGGCAGGUCCCUCAGGUCUGACCAGCAUCAAGAGCUGUCUGGAAGAGGGUCUGGAGCCCACCUGCUUUGAGAGCAGUGAUGACAUCGGGGGGCUGUGGAAGUUCAAGGAAGUUUCUGAGCCCAACAGAGCCAGUAUCUACCGUUCCCUCACCAUCAAUAUCUCCAAGGAGAUGAUGUGUUUCAGCGACUUCCCCAUCCCAGCUGACUACCCCAACUACAUGCACCACUCCCGUAUCCUUCAGUACUUCAGGCUCUAUGCUGAACACUUCAAACUGCUGCAGCACAUCCGCUUCCAGACCAGUGUGCGGAGUGUGAGACAGAGGCCAGACUUCAGUCAUUCAGGCCGGUGGGAGGUGGUGACAGAGAACAGGGAGGGACAGGAGGAGAGACACAUGUUUGACUCUGUCAUCGUCUGCUCUGGUCACUACUCCUACCCACACCUUCCACUUAAAGACUUCUCAGGUAUUGAGUCGUUUGAGGGGAAAUACUUCCACAGUUGGGAUUAUAAGGGUCCAGAGGACCUUUAUGGGAAGAGGGUGGUGGUGAUCGGCAUCGGCAACUCUGGAGGAGACAUCGCUGUGGAGUCCAGCCGGGUGGCCAAGCAGGUGUAUCUGAGCACGCGUCGCGGUGCGUGGGUCAUACGUGUGCUGUCGGACAACGGCUUGCCCGUGGACAUGAAGUAUAACACACGCUUUGUCCACAUCCUGUUCCAACUGCUGCCAGUUAACUGGCUCAGCUGGUUCGGAGAGAAGAAGCUCAACGCCAUGUAUGACCACACCAUGUUGUUCAGUACGAUUCCAGUAAUCAAUGAUGAGCUUCCCAAUAAGAUCUUGACCGGUGGAGUCAUGGUCAAACCCAAUGUCCAACAGAUCAGAGGCUCCAGUGUGGUGUUUGAGGAUGGGAGUGUGGUGGACAAGGUGGAUGUGAUUGUGUUCGCUACGGGCUACAACUACGACUUUCCCUUCCUGCCUUCCAACGUAAUGCAUAAGUCUGGCCACCGGGUGGGGCUGUACAAGCAUGUGUUUCCCCCCACCCUGGAGCACCCCACCAUGGCCGUAGUAGGCUUCAUCCAUGCCCUGGGAGCCAUCAUGCCCCAGGCAGAGAUGCAGUCCCGCUGGGUCACACGUGUCUUUAAAGGUCAUAAGAAGCUACCGUCCAACCAGGCCAUGCUGAAGGCUGUGGAGUAUGACACCAAGGACAUGGACAAGAACUACAUCGUAUCCAAGCUGGUGCCGCUGCAGGUGGACUUUGUGUCCUACAUGGAUGACAUCGCUGGGGAGGUGGGGGUCAGACCCAGUCUGGCCUGGCUGUUCUUCACUGACUACCCCCUGUUCAAGAGGGUUCUGUGGGGUCCCGUCACCGCCUACCAAUACCGUAUCACCGGCCCAGGGAAAUGGUCCGGGGCACGCCAAGCCAUCUUCACCCAGUUUGAACGCAUGUUCCAGCCCUUCAAGACCAGACAGGUGGAGGAGAAGCAGGGAUGUUCUGUGGUGGGCCGUCUGUUAAAGCUCAGUCUCACAGCGAUGGUGGGAGGAGCAGCGGCCUACUACUUCCACCUCCAACCACCCUCCUCCCUCACCUACCUUCUCUCCAAACUCACACCUCAGAGAGCCUGAACACCAUCCUCCUCCACCUCCCUCCUCUCCACUCUCAACCCCCAGAGAGCCAGAAAAGAGAGGAGGGAGGUGGUUUAGGAUGAAAAGAGGUGUUCAGGCUCACCACCCUCUUUUCAUCCUAAACCACCUCCCUCCUCUCUUUUCUGAACACCACCCUCCACUCCUCUCCUCAUGUGAUCUUCAUGAUUCUCAGAGCCAUUCCUCUGCUGUGAAGUAUAUUAUUGGUAUUAUUAAAGAUUGUAACUGGACUGCUCUUUGUGUAUAACUGGGUAGAAAAAAAACUUCUUUUAAAUUUAAUACCCCAUAUUAAAUUUCAUAAAUGUUGAUUACCUUCCCAAUGUUCAACCAUUCCGCAACAUAGCAAAUGUUUAAGCGAACUGAACACACAUUUGCAUUUGACACAGUUCCAGUCAAAACUACUCCAGCUGAGAGAGAGCAAAGUCUAUCCCCCUGACUGCAUGACUGACAUACUGACUGGGGUUACAUAACAAUCUGGGUUUUGACUGAGAGUUUAGAGGUUUUCCACACCAGCGAACACAGCAGGCAACACACAGGCUUCUGGGUCCACUCACUGGACCAGGUGGGUACAGUCUAUGGGUGACAGAUUUAGAUGAGUUGGCAUUGUUAUUCAGGUUUACAAAAGAUAAUAAAUAACUUGGUGGGUGACUACA